AUGCGUCUCUCAAAGCUCUCGUUCCUCGUCCAGGCUCUGCUGCUGACCGCGGCGGCGGCUCAAACUGCGGAAGGUACCAACGUCCUCGGCGAUCUCACCGGCGGAUCUUCAACCUCCAGCAGCAGCUCUUCUUCCGAGUCUACCUCUGCUCCUCCCAGCACCUCGUCGACCACAUCAUCUACUUCCUCAACUUCGGAGCCUCCCAGCACCAGCACCACCACCACGCACACGACAUCCACCUCUUCCACUUCUUCCGAGGCCCCGUCCACGACCCCCUCGACUUCCACUACCUCGUCUAGGACUUCUUCCACCACCAGUGCUGAUAAGACUACUUCGGCGGAUACCACUUCAACCACUCCAUCUGACGUGGUCAAGACCAUCACUGCCCAGGUGACCGUCAGCGGUACCACCAAGGCGACAGUUAUGCUUUCCACCUCGACGGCUGCGCAAACCCCAUCGCCCUCGCUCAACGGUAACAACGGCUCCUCCAGCAGUGGCAUCUCGGCCUCGGAAAAGAAGAUCAUCAUUGGUGUCGUGGUUGGUGUCGGUGGUGCUAUCCUCCUGGGUGUUCUCGGUGUGGUCUUCUGGCGCAUUCACAAGAAGCGCAACGAGGGCUACAACGAUGAUGAUGAUGAUCUGAUGGGCGGCACUGCCGUCGGCAGUGGCCCUCGUGAGAAGGCCCCCAGCCCGUCUCAGGGUGGUACCCCCUUCAAGAACACGCUAGACCAGUACCACAACCCGGGUCCUGUCAAUGCUGCAUCCAACUUCUAA